CACACCCUAACACAAGACAUGUUUACCAUGCUGCCAAUGGCCUCCGCUGAAAGGAAUUGAAUACAAAUAUCUACACGCUUCCGAAUAGAAGCGACUUGGAUGAGCAACCCGAGUAGCGCGACACCUUCAUAAUUUCGUGGAGUAUGAAAAUCACCGUCUUCGUCUUUCAGACAGCAUUGUAAGUCAUUUCACUCCAACGAUGUCUACGGAGGGUUAAAAGUCCGUAUUAAAGUCUCACAGCUCUCUAUCACCAGUAAGAAGAUACCCUGCAGAUCAGAAGCAUGCUGUUGCGCUCCACGAACUCACUGGGUGGUUGGGGCGUACUGAGCAUUGCAAUCUUUGGGCUUUCGCUUGACCAGGCAACAAGCACAAGCUUGGCGACCCUAUUUCUUGAUACGACAGAAACUGUUCAGUGGGUGCCAUUUGCCGGUGUACAAGGCCGGAGGGAAGAUCCAACAAACUGUGCCGUCUUACAAGCAAUUAUCACAUGGACUUGACGCCCUGACUCCGCAACGACCGUCUAUCAAUCUUGCGACGGCAAUAAAU